UUCGUCACCUGCCUUUCUUUCAUCCUACCAUUUGUCUGCUUCCAACUUCAGCAGCGAUUUYAACGACUUCUCAGUUGGGACAGAAGAUUGUUUGAACCUAACUCUUCAAAAAUUCGAGAGCUGGUAGCGUAUGCUCAUGCAUAUGAACAUUUCUUUUUCCUAAACCCUAAACCUAUAAUGCUGCUUGAUAUAUUACUAUUCUCAAYGAAAACUAUAUACCUUGAGUUUAUCAUUCUACUUCCUGCUGUCUUACUUGUGAAUCCACUUUACUUCAACGAUAAUGCAAGUUAGUUUUCCGGUAUAUCGUACCCUUUUGGCUUUUCUUUUAUGUGAUCAUUUCUGGGGAUAUUGCUAGUUGGGMAUGAUAUCAUGGCAUUUAGAAUAAUAGCCAGAACCCUCUUAAUCCCAAAAUCCAUCAAACCAAUCCCAUAUCAAAUCUCUAAAUUUUCUUCAAAAAUCUGCAGCAAUUCGGAGCCUCUUUCGAAUCUUUUCCAAAGAUACGGCUUCCAACCUUCUGACCUUCAUAAUUUCUUCGCAAGGAACCGAUUUUUGCUCAAUUCCAGCAUUUCAGAUGUUGAAAUGUCUUUGAAAAUCCUAUCGUCCUUGUGUUCUUCCAAGGAUUCUAUUGUUUCCAUGGUUUAUAACUGUCCUAGGGUUUUAGAACUUGAUUUCCUCAAGGGAUGGGAAGUUGGUGUUUCUGAAUUAGGGGUUUCAGACAACGGUAGCUUGAUAAUGAUUCAGAGUAUUCUUGAAGUUUCUAGGAAAUUCGAUUUAUACCCAGAUGAUGUUUUACGAUGCAUUGAGGGUUUAAAGGGUUUUAGGUUUAGCUCUGCUACAAUAACUAGAGUUUUACAGGAGUUUCCUAUGAUUAUUACUAUGAAUGAAGAAAAUAUUUGGUCUAAGAUUGAGUUCUUAUUAGGAAUUGGAAUCCAUCGGAGUAAAAUAGACUCUAUAAUUCAAACUUAUCCGGGAAUCUUGGCAUCUGGGUUGGAGAACAAGUUGAAGCCUCUGAUUUCAGAGUUUACUGGCAUGGGCUUUACACCAAACGAAAUUAGGGAAGAGAUCAUUAGAAACCCGAAAAUUCUGGGGUCAGAAGUCGGAGAAAUGUCAAAAUGUUUGAGAAUGCUAAACAGUUUGAAAUGUAGGGUUCCAAUUAAAGAAAAGCUUUUCAGUGAAGGGGCGUUUAGGGCGUCUUAUGAAGUUAAGUUGAGGAUCGAUUGCUUACACAAACACGGGUUGCUAUAUAGAGAUGCAUUUAGCGUAUUGUGGAGAGAGCCACGAGCGAUUUUAUAUGAUUUGAAGGAAAUUGAUUUAAAGAUGGAGUUUUUAACAAACACGAUGAARUUUGAUGUUCUUUCGCUGGWUGAAGUUCCCGAGUAUUUGGGGGUACAUUUUGAGAAACAGAUUGUUCCUCGUUACAAUGUGAUCGAACAUUUGAGAUCAAAAGGCGGGAUAGGUGAUGAGAUCGGGUUGAGGUCUUUGGUUAAGUUUAGUAGGUUGAGAUUUUAUAAUCUUUACGUGAAACCAUAUCCCGAGUUAUUAGGAUCAGAUGUGUAA